AUGUCCGCAUCCACCGCCAAGCCAGCAGGCGUAUACGCCCACCUCCUGCCGCCGUCGUGGAAGCGUAAGAUCGCAGAGUGGCUGCAGGAAGACUGCCCCUCGUUCGACUGGGGCGGCUUCGUGGUGGGCGAGGACACCAAGCGCGCCACACUCUUCUGCAAGAGCGAGGGCUGCCUCGCAGGCGUACCGUUCUUCGACGAGGUCUUCCGCCAGCUCGACUGCACCGUCACCUGGCACUACAACGAGGGCGACUGGCUCGGCUCGUCCGACGGCAGUGCGGUCAAGAUUGCGGUGGCCACGGUGACGGGUGCGUCGCGCAAGAUCCUGCUCGGCGAGCGCGUGGCGCUCAACACGCUCGCGCGGUGCUCCGGAAUCGCCACCGCCUCGGCACGAUUCUUGGCCAAGGCGAGAACCGCCGGCUACACGGGCAUCGUCGCGGGCACGCGCAAGACCACACCGGGGUUCAGGGACGUGGAAAAGUACGGCAUGCUCGUCGGAGGCGUCGACAUGCACAGGUACGACCUCAGCAGCAUGGUCAUGCUCAAGGACAACCACAUCUGGUCCACUGGAUCCGUCACCAACGCCGUGCACGCCGCAAGGUCCGCGUGCGGCUUCUCGCUCAAGAUCGACGUCGAGGUGCAGAGCUACGACGAGGCGGUCGAGGCCAUCACUGCGGGCGCCGACGUGGUCAUGCUCGACAACAUGGACGGCGACACGCUCAUCUCCAACGCAACGCGCCUGAAAGCAGAGUUUGCGGGAAAGCACAAGUUCCUCCUCGAAUCGUCCGGCGGUAUUGACAUCGACAAUGUCCAGCAGGGCGGACACGUCGACAAUGUCGGCCUGCUUCCGACGCGUCUGAGUGAAGCCAAGUGGGGCUAUAUAAUACACGCGGCCGGCUUCGAGUUGCCCAGUUGUGGCGCACGUUUCAUUGCUGCCUUCAUGAUGAGCGCGCUACAGGAUAGCGACGGCGUGCUGGUGCUGGCGCGCAUCGAUGCGCUCGUCGCCGACCUGCUACACCAGCUUGCCGACCAGCUAGAUGCGGUGCGCCCCGCGCCUUUGCGGAUCUCAUCCACGGUCGCCGAGCCAGGCGAACGAGACGCUGAUGCUGCGCAGCGAAAGGCGCGGCCGGUGAUGUUCCCCACGCGCGCAUCUAGCGGCGUGCGACGAUUCGCGCAGUACGUGCGUGUGCUCGAGGUGGUGCAGGCGAACCUGCUUGCCGGACGCACGAUGACCAAACGGGACGUCUACUAUACAUGCAGCGAGGUGUUUAACACGCAGCGCGCGUCGGACUUGGUGGUGGAGCGACUAGGCCAGCUGCUGGGCUGCACACGUGGGUCGCUGGGGAUCGUCGCCUCGACGCGCGGGCUCGUAUCUGGGUCGAUGCACCUACGCUCGCCCGACGGUCGUUCUGUACACUCUGUUCGUGGUGAGACGCAGCGUAUCCCCGCCGACAUUGGCGCCGCAUGGACGGUGCACCUCACCUGUCCCGAGGAUUGCCGCGGACACGUCGUGCUGGUCGUCGAAAAGGCAUGCGUCUUCCAGCGCCUACUCGACCUCCAAAUCGGCAGCUUGAUCGUCGUCACGGCGUGCGGAUACGCCGACACCGCCACGCUUCAACUCGUGCGUUUGCUCGCUGCAUCCCCCUGCCCUGGAGGCGUGCGGGUGUGCGGGCUGUUUGAUGGCGACCCGUACGGCGUGGACAUCCACAUGCACUACUGCGCCGCCACGCCCAUCGAGUGGCUCGGUGUCGACGCAGACGAGUUUGACCUCGCGCCCCACACGCACACGGCGCUGCGUGCCGACGAACGCACAAAGGCAAUGCGUCUCCUCCGCCACCCCUCCCCCGUCCGGGAAACGCACCGACGCCGCCUGACAUCCAUGCUGCUCGACGGAUACAAGGUGCAGAUCGACGCCGCAUACAACUGGACCGGCGGUCUGGGCGCCUAUCUGCAACACAAGCUCGAGCUAUAG